GUUAUAGACAUGAACCAUUCAGAUUGUUGUGACAUCUUUCAAAAUGGCAACCCUCUUUUUGACGUAAACUACAGACGGCUAAACAAACACCGAGGGCUAAACUGCGUAUGAAUAAAGCCGAACAAUCUGGAAAAUUACGCUUCCUAAGGCAAUGGCAGCGUCUUCUUCGUCCUCCUCUGCGGGAGGUGUAAGCGGUAGCUCGGUAACAGGCUCUGGAUUCAGCGCUUCAGAGCUCAUCCCUCCCAGGAAAGUUCUCUACACUUAUCCUAAAGGAGCAGGGGAAAUGAUGGAAGAUGGCUCUGACAGAUUUUUAUGCGAGUCUGUGUUCAGCUACCAAGUUGCCUCCACACUAAAGCAGGUCAAACAAGAUCAACAAGCAUCUAGAAUGGAGAAACUUGCGAGCCUUGUGGAAGAGCUAGAAGCAGACGAAUGGCGUUACAAACCAAUAGAGCAGCUACUAGGAUUCACACCGUCCUAGUCAAAGGCAUUCGGAUGCAUUUUGUGGAAUAAAUCAGCCAAACAGAAUGAAGACAAAAGGAAAUGUUUUUCCUUUUGUUCUGUCUCGCAUGUGAUCUUUUUUUUCUGUAAGAGUUUACACUGUAACACAGAACUAAAGGUUAUUUCAACAUGUUGAACCUAAGAUGCUUUUGUUUUAUAUUUUGCACAAUUUUGUGUUUACCUUUUUUAAACCUAUUUUCAAUAAUGUGUACCACCUAAACUAAAAUAUCUUUCAGCUUAAUCUUAUAGCUACUCAACUUGUAAUAUUAUUUAAUAGUCAUAAUAGGUCUUUCAUCUCAUAUAUACUAAUAAAAGUGAUUCUUGACAUGC